AUGGGCACGCUCGUACGAAACGGCCGAGGCGCGGGCGUGGUGAUUGCGACAGGGACGCAAACAGAGUUCGGAGUGAUCUUCUCGAUGAUGCAGGACGUCGAGGAGAAGCGGACCCCCCUGCAGCUCAGUAUGGAUGAGCUUGCGAAGAAGCUGUCCAUGAUUUCGUUUGGUAUCAUUGGGGUCAUCUGUAUCUUCGGCGUGAUUCAGCACAAGUCGUGGCUCGAUAUGUUCACCAUCGGAGUGUCGCUUGCUGUUGCGGCCAUUCCGGAAGGUCUGCCAAUUGUGACGACGGUGACCCUGGCGCUGGGUGUUCUGCGGAUGUCGAAGCGUAAGGCUAUUGUGAAGAAGCUACACUCGGUUGAAGCGCUUGGGUCUAUCUCCGUCAUUUGUUCAGACAAGACUGGUACACUCACUAAGAACGAACAGACCGUCACGGAGCUGUAUACGGUCGAUGAGGUCGUCUCACUUGACCCUACGUCAACCACGUCACCAAACGUGCAAGUUACACCGGCCCUCCGCAAGACGCUCAUAGUGGGCUCAGUCUGUAACAACGCCGUCCGGAACGAGGAGGGCCAAUUUGUCGGCCAAUCCACUGAUGUUGCCCUCCUUAACAUCCUCUCGCUUUUCAAUAUGGUCGACCAGCGCCAAGAUUUCACCCGUACCUCCGAAUUGCCUUUCAACUCCGAGCGCAAGUACAUGGCUGUUAGCGGCACGCAUAGCCCAUCAAAUUCACUCGUAGUGAACGGUGGGCAGCGGGAGAUGUACUACAUCAAGGGCUCAAUUGACGCGAUUCUCGACCGAUGCAAAUUCUACUACGUCUCGGACGACUCGACCCCAGCACUCGACGCGAACACGCGCAACGUCAUCCUCACGAAGGCGCAGACGACCGCGUCCCGCGGCCUCCGCAUCAUCGCGCUCGCGUAUGGGUAUGGGCCCGUUGAGUCUACUCCGUCAUCCUCAGCGCCCUCAUCGCACGCGGGUAGUCGGGCGGGGACUCCAAGCACCCAGCUGGACAGGGAGAAGACGAAUCUGGUGUUCGUGGGCUUCCAGGCGAUGCUUGACCCCCCUCGCAAGGGCGUCGCCGACGCCAUUGGGCUCCUCCAGAGCGGAGGCGUGCAGGUCGUUAUGAUCACCGGGGACGCAGAGGAAACGGCGCUCUCAAUCGCGCGCUCGCUCGGGCUUCGCGUGGGUGCAACUGCGGCGGGCAUGAGCGGGUGCCUGACGGGACAAGCAAUCGACCGGAUGAGCAAAGCGCAGCUACGUGAAAUCGUAGGCGGCGUGAGCGUAUUCGCGAGGACGACCCCGAAGCACAAGAUGGCGAUCGUGGAGGCGUUCCAGAGUCGGGGUGCGGUCGUGGCGAUGACGGGGGAUGGGGUGAACGAUGCGCCUGCGCUCAAGAUGGCGGACAUUGGGGUGUCUAUGGGGAAGAGCGGGACAGACGUGGCGAAGGAGGCGGCGGAUAUGAUCCUCGUGGACGAUAACUUCAGCACUAUUUUGCCUGCGGUGGAAGAAGGGAAAUCCAUCUUCCACAAUAUCCAGAACUUCCUAUCUUUCCAACUCAGUACUGCUUGUGCUGCGCUGACGCUCAUCACCCUAAGCACGUUCUUUGGGCUUAGCAACCCGCUCAACGCAAUGCAGAUACUCUUCAUAAAUAUUCUCAUGGAUGGCCCUCCGAGUCAAUCUCUUGGUGUAGACCCCAUAGACCCACAAGUCAUGCGCAGACCACCUAGAAGGAAGGACGCGCCGAUUAUCAGCCAACGCCUUGUAUAUCGCGUCCUAUUCUCCGCCUCGAUCAUCGUGAUCGGGACUCUCUUUGUCUACAUUUACGCGCUUGCGGACGACCAGGAUAUGACACGACGAGAACAGACUAUGACCUUCACAUGCUUCGUUUUCCUCGACCUUGUUUCAGCAGUACAAAACCGUGGCCUUGGCUGUGGCCUCUUACAAAACCGGAUGCUAGUCACGACGGUAUCGACGUCAUUCCUCGUCCAGCUCGCGCUCAUCUACGUCCCGUUCCUUCAAAGCAUCUUCCAGACGGAAGCGCUCAGCCUCUCGGAUCUGUGCACGCUCUUCAUCCUGGGUGGUUUCUCGGCUGGACUGCACGAGGCGCGACGGAGGUAUGAACGCUCGAUGAACGCGGCUGAGUCGUAUUCUGGGGCAGUGGAGGAGUUGGCAUGA